AUGGUUCUCAUUGGUUAUAAACUAAUAAAAUAUCUUUUAAUUCCGCUCCCGGAUUCCGACGCUGACUCUCCUUCCCAAUCGACGGAAAUUAGAAACACGGUGGUAAUUGGCAAUAUGUUAGGCUUUGAUGUGGAUGAAGAGAGUCCGGUUCUUAAAGAAGCUUUUGGUGAAGCAGGUGAGUGUUCUCAGACUCUAAAUGUUGUUGGAUGUUGGGGUGAUGUGGAUUAUGGAUUUGAGCAGGAUAGCAAACGUUUUUCGGUGAUUGAAACCAUUAAGUCUAGAUACUUCAUAGUGGUCUUGGGGAAUUUUGCUGGAAUCAAUGGGUUAACGGGAUUUGUAAACGUGUAUGGACCUAGAUCAGAGAUAGAUAAACUAAAGGUCUGGGAUGAACUACUAGCAUUGAAAAACUCCAAAACUGCCACUUGGAUUUUUAUGGGCGAUUUUAAUGUGGUGCGUCGGCCAGAGGAGAGAAUAAGUUCGAUCUUCUGUACUCGUAGUGCGAAUGACUUCAACCAUUUCAUACGUUCGGCUGAACUCGCUGAUUUGAAGAUGGGAGGUCAAAGAUUUACCUACUUUAAAACUCAGGGAGCUAAACUCAGUAAGCUUGAUAGAUUCUUGGUGUGCAGCAGUUUUUUAUCAAUAUCUCCUCUUGCUUCUUGCUUUGCAAUGGAGAGAGAUCUCUCUGAUCACUCACCAAUUAUCCUAAGAGCCCGUUGUGAUGAUUUUGGCCCACCCCCUUUCAAAUUAUUUAAUUCAUGGAUGACGCAAGACGGGUUUAAUGAGAAUGUUAGGAAUGCAUGCUCGGAAUUUGUGGGCUAUGGUUACCCUGAUAUGAUGUUUAUGAAUAAAUUAAAACAUUUGAAGAAAGUCAUUAAGAGUUGGAAAUUUAAAACAGUAAGGGAGGAAAAUAAGAUGAUGGUCGAUUUAAAAAAAAGAAUGGCUGAAAUUGAAUUGGUGGUAGAAUCCAGACAAUUAUCUGAAGCAGUAAUAGAAGAAAGAGUUAAAGGAGGUAUUGAGAUUGUUGAAUGUGCUAGAAUCACGGCUUUGGAUUUAAAGCAAAGGGCUAGGCUAAAAUGGAAACUGGAGGGGGAUGACAAUUCGCGUUUUUUCCAUGGGUACGUUAAAAAUAGAAAUAGGAAGAACCAUAUUCAUGGGAUCAUGGUAAAUGGUAGGGGGACUACGGAGCCAACAGAGAUUAAGACGGCGGCGGCUACGUUUUUUAAAGAGAAAUUCCAUGAAGUAUGGAUUAACAGACCCAAGUUUCAUAAUCCUGGAUUUCGUAUUCUCUCUGAUUGUGAUGCGAGAUUUCUUGAAGGAGAAUUUUCACUGGAUGAAAUAAGGAAUGCAAUUUGGUCGGGGGGGGGGGGGGGGGGGGGGACAAGUCGCCAGGGCCAGACGGUUUCACGUUCAAGUUCAUCAAAAAAUAUUGGGAGUUGCUAA